CCUAACACUUGUAUGAGAUAAAACAAUUUAUUGUUUCUAUAAAGGUUACUUCUCCCACUUCAUUUCCUAGACACUUAGCUCGAUUCCUGUAUAUGGUUUGGAUUAGAGAGCAUGCUCUUCCUCCUAAGGACGGAAACAACCUGAAAUCAUUGAGAAGGUUCUCAAUUUAAUUAGUUCAAGAAAAGAAAUUGAAGAUGUGGAAGCUGAAGGUUUCAGAGAGCAAAGAGGAAGAGUUGGUAAAAAGUGUGAAUAACCAUGUUGGAAGACAAUUUUGGGAGUUCGAUCCUAAUCUUGGAACUGAACAAGAGCGAGCUCAAGUGGAACAAGCUCGCAAAGAAUUUAACCAGAACCGUUUCCAAACUAAGCAUAGUUCCGAUCUCUUAAUGAGAUUCCAGUUUGAGAGGGAAAAUGGAAUAAACAUGAAGAUUAAGAAAGUGAACAUUCAAAAGGUGGAAGAUAUAAGUGAAGAAGUUGUGAGAGCUACGCUGAAAAGAGCCUUGACAUGUUACUCAACCUUGCAAACUCAGGAUGGUUUCUGGCCUGGUGACUAUGGCGGCCCUAUGUUUCUUCUACCUGGUUUGGUGAUUGGAUUAUCGGUGACUGGAACCCUUAAUACAGUGUUGUCGCCUCAGCAUCAAAGUGAGAUGAAGCGGUAUGUGUUGAAUCACCAGAACGAAGAUGGAGGGUGGGGAUUGCACAUAGAAGGCCCCACCACAAUGUUUGGCACUGUUCUUAACUAUGUAACCAUGAGAUUACUCGGAGUAGGCAUCGAAGGUGGAGAUGGCGCCAUGCACAAAGCAAGAAGAUGGAUUCUUAGCCGUGGAGGUGCCACUUCUAUUCCUUCCUGGGGAAAAUUUUGGCUUUCUGUGCUAGGUGUAUACGAAUGGAGCGGGAUCAACCCAAUCAAUCCAGAAUUAUGGUUGCUUCCCUACUUUUUUCCUUUGCACCCAGGGAGGAUGUGGUGUCACACUAGACAUGUGUAUCUACCAAUGUCAUAUUUAUAUAGCAGAAGAUUUGUGGGACCUUUCAAUGCACUUGUGUUAUCCCUGAGGAAGGAGCUCUAUACCCUUCCUUAUCAUCUACUUGAUUGGGACCAAGCUAGAAAUCUAUGUGCCAAGGAAGAUUUGUACCAUCCACGCCCAGGAAUCCAAAAAGUUUUAUGGGGUUUUCUUCACCAUUUUGGGGAACCUCUUCUUACACACUGGCCAUUCUCCAAGCUAAGGAAGAAAGGUCUCAAUCAUGUAAUGCAGCAUAUUCACUACGAGAAUCAAAAUUCAAACUACACCUGCAUUGGUCCCGUUAAUAAGGUAUUAAACCUGGUUUGUUGUUGGUUGGAGAAUCCCAAUUCUGAGGCAUUUAAGUGUCACAUUUCAAGAAUCAAAGACUAUCUCUGGGUGGCUGAGGAUGGGAUGAAAAUGCAGGGAUAUGGGGGUUCUCAAAUUUGGGAUGUUGCCUUUUCUGUUCAAGCUAUCUUGGCUACCAAUCUUGUUGAUGAAUAUGGUUCAAUGCUUAGGAAAGCAAAUAAUUUCUUGAAGUGCUCACAGGUUACAAAGAAUAGCUCUGGCAAUCCUAGUCACUGGUAUCGCCACAUUUCUAAAGGCGGUUGGACUCUCUCAACAGCAGACAAUGGUUGGGUUGUAUCAGAUUGCACUGCAGAAGGCUUGAAGGUAUCCCUUUUGUUAUCAAACUUGCCAUCUGAGACUGUUGGGAAAGCAAUGGAAACAGAACAAUUAUGUGAUGCUGUUAACUUGAUUUUAUCCCUGCAGAAUAGAAAUGGUGGAUUUGCAUCCUAUGAGCUCACAAGAUCUUAUGCAUGGCUAGAGAAAAUAAAUCCAGUUGAAACAUUUGAAGAGAUCAUGAUUGAUUUCCAGUAUGUAGAAUGCACAUCAGCAGCAAUUCAAGGUCUUGCCUUAUUCACAGAACGUUAUCCAGAGCACAGGAGGAUAGAAAUUGAAACUUGUAUUGCCAAGGCGGCCAACUAUAUCGAAAGCAUACAAUUAGCUGAUGGCUCAUGGUAUGGAUCAUGGGGAAUUUGCUACACAUAUGGAACAUGGUUUGGAAUAAAGGGGCUCAUAGCUGCCGGUAAGAGCUACCAAGAUAGCCACAGCAUUAGAAGAGCAUGUGAAUUUUUGCUUUCCAAACAACAAAUUUCUGGUGGCUGGGGAGAGAGCUAUAUCUCAUGCCAACAAAAUGUAUACACAAAUCUAGAGGGAAAUAAGUCUCAUCUAGUGAACACAGCAUGGGCUAUGUUGGCACUUAUUGAAGCAGGCCAGGCCCAAAGAGAUCCAGCCCCAUUGCAUCGUGCAGCCAAGGUGUUGAUCAAUUCACAAAUGGAAAAUGGGGAGUUUCCUCAACAGGAAAUCAUGGGAAUCUUCAACAAGACUUGUACAAUAAGUUACUCUGCAUACAGGAACAUUUUUCCAAUAUGGGCCCUUGGAGUAUAUCGAAGUCAUGUAUUGAUCUGUGGUGGAAAAGAAUAAAAAGCAAGCACAUAACCGAAGUAAUUUUCUGCUCUUCUAUUUACUAUUGGCUACUUAUUUUCCAAGAGAAUGAUAUAAUAAAUUAGCCUACAGUUGAAGAAAUGUAAAGUGAAUAAAUUAUGGCUGUGCAAUGGGUGUGUUUGGUCGGUUUCAGACCCAUUUUGGCCCUCUAUAUUUGUACAUAGAACAGAAUAUGUCAAACAUACUAUAUUGAACGUUGAGGAUAUUUUUUGUAAUGAUGGUUUUUUUCCAUCUAUUCAGGAUUUCUUUUUUUCUUUCAUUUUUUUUGUCCCUUGAAAAUAAUGGAAAGCAGUAUUAGCUAGAUGCUUAUUACUGAUGUCAUGUUUAAUAGAUAGGAUUGUGAUCUUCUUGCUUGUAUAUGUGUUGAUGUUUUUAUUGGGUUGUGAAUUUGUGAGCAACCAUGUAACAUAAUGUAGUGUUUUAUAUUCUUUUAUCA